AUGGAAGACUACCGCUACGACGACCACGACCACCACGAGUACGACGACGACGACACCAUGUCCCACGCAGACGCCGCCGACACCAGCUCGCACCACGGGCACGACGACGACGUCUUCAGCGACAACAACAGCCCGCGCAGCUCCAUGGGGUCCGUGUCCGAGGGCGACCCGCGCAAGGCCGCUCACCACGACGGCCUGCGCUCGCCGCGCAUCUCCGACAUCCAGCAGCAGUACGACGAUGCGCCGCGGUCGUCGCUGAGGUCCGCCUCCUCCUCCGCCGGCAAGGCUGCCCAGCACGCCGCCGCCUCGUCGCCCGCCGGCCAGCCCCAGCCUCGCUCCGGCCGCCGCAGCGCCCUGCCCACCGUGUCCCGCCUGGGCUCGGCCUCGCCCAACCCGACGGCGCAGUACUCGCCCAAGAAGACGCCGCCGCGCUUCAAGAAGAACGACCCGCCCCUGGUGCUCCUCCACGUCACCCUGCUGCCGCUGCGCUGGUGCUGGGGCGACGUGCUCGACGACGCCAAGACGAGCGAGCUCAGCGAGGGCGUCAAGACGCUGCGCGAGGCUUGGCGCCAGCUGCAGGACACCAUCGGCGACACCAUCCAGGACCGCGGCGUGCUGCUGCCGCACCCGCAGGACGACUUUGAGGCCAUGGAGGAGCGCCUGCUCGAGGCGCUGGAGCUGCCCUUCAAGCGCCGCGCCCGCAUCCUCGAGUGCGGCCACUACCUGGGGCCUUCUAACGAGAUGCCCUUUGCCGAUGAGGAGGAGGAGGACGACGACGACAUCGAUGCCGACGCCUACGACGAAGACGCGCCGCCCCGCGCCCCUGUGCCCGAGAAGCAGACGCACUGGUGCUCGACCUGCCACUGCGAGAUCCGCUUCGACGCCCUCGGCGCCGGCAAGAUCUACCGCGUCAAGGUCUACGCCAGCAACGGCCUGCUGCGGGCCGGCGCCUGGGAGGCCUGCUGGAAGGAGAUGGAGCGCGUCGACAUUGAGAUUGAGCCCAUGAUGGACGCCAAGCUCCAGGACGAGCUCGUGCGGCUUGCGGCGCGCCAGGAUAGGGUCAUCCACUCUAAGAGCAGGGCUGACAGGCGCCCGCUGUCGUCGCGCGUGCAGGACGUCGAGGACGAGCGGGAGUCGGAAGAGGACCUCGACGCCGACGAGACCAUGGGCCAGGAGUCAUUUAUGCCGCAGGACGGAAGCACGCCGCGGACCUCGUUCGAGGGAUACGGCGACACGUACAGGAGCAAGUCCCGGCAGGCGUCGGGCAGGGCGUCCAGGAGCAGCCGGCCAUCCAUGGGCUUCGCCCACACCGAUACUUUCGGCCAGCACAAGAAGCAGCAGCAGCGAAGCCGCUUCGCUGCCGGUAGCUUUCCCGACAUGGUUGUCAACGCCUUCAAGGCGCUGCUGGACGACAAGCGGAACCUGGCGAUUUUGCUUCUGAGCGUCCUGACCGUGGCGGUUGCCGUCCGCGGCGGCGUCAGCAACCGGUUCUACGACGACAUUGUCACCUUCCAGCAGCCCGUCUUGACCGAGUCCUCCAACUUUGAGACGCCGACGACGGUUGUGAGCGACCACGUUGGCGAGGACGGACAGCCUGUGCAGGUGGAGGUGGGCGUGGAGGGCGACGGCGACGUUUCCUUCUCGCCGACCUCUGCCGUGGUGGAGAUCUUGUUGACGCCGCAGGCCAAGGCGGACGGCGAGAACCCGUGCGCCGCCAUGGAGCCGCAGACGGUGGAGAAGUGGCUGACGGCUACCGUGACGGAGAGGACCACUGUCGCGCGCACCGACAUGCCGGACGCCGAUGAUGAUGUGUUCACCAACGAGGACGGCGAGGAGGAGGCUAACGACGAGGGCUUUGAGGGAGCAAAGGAUUCCGAUGGGGUUCACUACCUGGAUGGGCUGCCGGGCGAGGAGGACGCUGGGGAGCAGCAGCAGACGACGGGGCAGACUGACUGGGAAUGGGGCACUCGCUUCAAGUUUCCCUGGUAG